UGCUGUAAGCCAGAGACGGAGAGACCACAACGAACCACAGUUGUAACACAGAAAGAAAAGCCAUCCGAAGGAUCUGGUGUCUGCAAUUUUAGGACGAACUCAUUUGACCUUUUCUCUCUUUUUAUUUUUAGAGAGAGAGAGAGAGAGAGCGAGACAUGGAGAGAGAAUGAUAGUAUAAUUUUUUUAUUUUUUUUUUAUUUUUUUUGUUUUUAUAUGCACGCAUAUAUGUGAAGGAGUGAAUGAGAACUCCGCCAUCUCUGCUCUCUCUCACAGUUGACUCGGCUCUCCUCAAUCUCUCCAACAUCUCUGAUCUCUCUCCUCUUCCUGAGCACAUCCUUCUCGACCUUUUCCUGAAAACGUUGAGAGCUGGAAAGCUAAACGAGAAAGUUCUCAAGCUGUUCAUUGCAACUGGCAAAGAUGAAGUCCUUGCACUAAUUCGGUCACUUAAUAUCCGUCCAAUUGUUGAUCCUGUACUUCCUACCAGUAAGUCACAAUUGAAAAUUUCUGAUGAUGAGAUUGACAUUGUGAUUGGCGCCCUCCGCACUGACCUGACGGCGUUCUUGAAUGAUUGGAGACCGGUAUUCUCUCGGUUCCACUUGAUUAUAGUCAAAGAUCCUGAUCUGAAAGAGGAACUUAAAAUACCAGAAGGCUUUAAUGUGGAUAUCUAUACAAAAAGUGACAUAGACCGUUUGGUGGGUUCCUCUUCGAUUCUCUUCUAUGGUUACUCUUGUCGGUAUUUUGGCUUCCUUGUAUCCCGGAAUAAGUACAUUGUCUCUGUUGAUGAUGAUUGUUUCCCAGCCAAAGACAAGGAUGGAUCUUUAGUGGAUAUCGUGGCCCAACAUGCUGCCAACCUGACAACUCCGGCCACUCCUUUCUUUUUCAACACACUUUAUGAUCCUUACCGAAAGGGAGCAGACUUUGUUCGUGGCUACCCAUUUAGCCUGCGGAGUGGAGUUCAAUGUGCUCUGUCAUGUGGACUGUGGCUCAAUUUGGCUGACUACGACGCACCAACACAAGCUCUCAAACCAGAGCAGAGGAACUCACGAUAUGUGGACGCUGUGCUGACUGUUCCAGCUAGGGCCUUAAUGCCUAUGAGUGGAAUCAACAUUGCUUUCGACCGCGAGUUGGUCGGGCCAGCUCUGUUUCCAGCUUUGAGGUUGGCUGGAGAGGGAAAGUUGAGGUGGGAAACAAUGGAAGAUAUUUGGUCUGGAAUGUGUGCAAAGGUUGUCUGUGAUCAUCUCGGUUUUGGAGUUAAAAGUGGGCUGCCAUAUGUAUGGAGAACGGAGAGGGGCAAUGCUAUAGACAGCUUGAGAAAAGAGUGGGAAGGGGUGAAGCUGAUGGAGGAAGUGGUUCCUUUCUUUCAGGCACUGAGGUUAAAGCGAACAACGGUAAAAGCAGAAGAUUGCGUGAUCGAGGUCGCGAAAGAAGUGAAGGAGCAGCUGGGGAAGGUGGACCCUGUAUUUGGUCGGGCAGCCGAAGCCAUGGUGGAUUGGGUGAGGCUCUGGAGAGCAGUGGGAUCCAGCUCCUCCUGAACUUGAUGCUGCUUUUUUUCUUUUUUUUUUUUCACAAACGUUAUUUCUUUUGUUACUCACUUGUUUCAAAUUUUCCUGAGUUGGUGAUGUUUGUUUUGCCCCUUGUUACUAACGCAUAACUGACACAUUUGGUAUGAUAUGGUGGGGGCAGGAAUAAUUGACGGCAUAUUUUCUGCUGUUAUGAAGAGGUUUAUUUCUCUUAUUUUAUAUUGCAAUUUGAUUGGCGUUAAUGUAGUCAAGCAUGUUUUUCUUGGCA